GCUUCCGGCCGAGGCUGCGGGAAGAUGGCGGCGGCCGUGGCGGCCCGCGCCGUGCCCGUGUGCUUCCGACGGCUGCUGUGCGCCUGCAGCCGCCGCGGCCCGAGAGCCGCAGGGCCCGGAGCCGCUUCCCUGGGAUCUGCUUCCCAAAGAUUUGGUUCACAGAGUACUUCAGUUCCACAAGGGUACGUUCCUAAAACAUCACUGAGUUCACCACCUUGGCCAGAAGUUGUCCUGCCAGACCCAGCUGAGGAGACCAGACACCAUGCAGAUUCAAACCCUCGCGAGCACCAGCCACAGUCCAAGCAGGCAGUGUAAGCAAGGGAGGACCCCCGGCUCCACCUAUGUCCACGCUGUUGGUGGAAACACAGUGGCAGGAAAAGAUUUCUCCGCCAUCAGAAGAACCAUGUGCAUGGUGGUCAGUAGGUGUGGGUGCAGCCUGGGAGUUGGAGAAACUCGGGGUGUCAGGAUUCCUGUCGACCCAGAGCGUGUCCCGUGAGGAGGGACAAUGUGGCCGGCCACCGUUGCCACGAGGGAGCGCGGUGUCCUCUGCCUUACAAGGCUGGAAACGCAGGUCAGCGCGUGGCAUCUUCUGGUUUUAAAGUACCGUUUGAGAUGUGGUGCCAGAUAAACAGUGCUCUGCCCUUUCUCCGGGCGCAGCUCGGGCCUGACUCUUUCCAGGGCAGGCACCGUGCACUCCUGUCCCAGCACCCAGCCUCAGGCCAGGC